GAUUAGGAGAGAGAGAGAGAGACGACUGAAGGAGGGAGGGGGGAUUCAUUGACCGCAGAUUUCAAGGACUUUGAAAACUCCAAUAUGUGUGGAGACUUUAAACAAAAGCUCGGUCUCCCAAGCUCCCUUCUCAUUCUUUUCCUUUUCCUUUCUUGAUUUGAUCUCUGCAUCUAUCUCUUCAUUCCUCGAAAUCACGUCAAUCUCGUAUACAAAUACCCUUGACCUUUCUCUUAGCUAUUAGGAAAAAAAAAAAAAAAAAAAGCAAAACCCAGUUGAUGAUUGUGAUUUUUUUAUUAUUGGAAUUUUGUUUUUUUGUUUUUUUUAAAAACCCAGUUGGGCUUUGUAGGUGUUUCUUUGCAACUUUGCUGAAAAUAUAUUGGGUUUUGGAUGCUUUUAGAAGUGCCCAAGUGAGGUGGGGUGAAUUUCUUCACUUGCUAAGGUCCUGGGUGGAGAUUUUGCUAGUUUUUGCUCUUUUUUAGAAAAAAAAAAGCAAUUUCAUCCUUACGAAGGUUUUUCUGAAACACUCAUAUCUAGAUUUUGGUGGAUUUUGCUUCUUCUAGAAAAUCCAUUGAUAGAUUUGGGGUCCUUUCUCCCGAUUGAUUCUUUUUGGCAUAAGGAUUAAGUGGUAUUUCCUGUUUUCUACAAAACCCAAUUCAGAAUCAAAUUCCCAAUUCAAGAUUUUGGUGGAUUUUGAGUUUUCUUGAAAACCCAAUACAAUAUUUAUUUUGCCCUCUUUUUAUUGAAUUCUUUUUGGAGUGGAGAAAUUCUGUUGUUUUAGUUCAAGUAAAAGAAAGAAAGAAAAAAAAAAGCUGUGAAACGGGCCAUUGGAGAUGUCGGGAGUACAGGAGCAGUUGGAGAUUAAGUUUCGGUUGUACGACGGUUCAGAUAUCGGUCCCAAAAGAUUCCCACCCGCUACUAGCGUCGCCACUGUGAAGGAAAGCAUCCUUUCUCAAUGGCCUAAAGAGAAGGAGAAUGGUCCAAGGACGGUGAAUGACGUCAAGUUAAUAAAUGCUGGAAAGAUACUGGAAAACAACAAAACGUUGGGGGAAUGCAGGAGCCCGAUAUGCGAUAUAGCUGGGGGAGUCACAACAAUGCAUGUAGUUGUUUGUCCCCCUUUAGAAAAGGGAGUCGAUAGGAAAGGAUUGAAGCAUCCGAAAGAGAACACUUGUGUAUGUGUAAUCAUGUAAUUCGCGAUUGGUAUAGCUGAAGAACGAAUGAGAGAUAGUUGGAGCUGGCAUAGAUAUUGGAGUAUAUGAACUGCACAUCUUCCAUUGCUGAAAGGGCCUCUAAUUUCAUGCACUUAAAAGCAAAGGUUUCCGUAUAGGUCAAAUGUCAUCUUCAUGAGAGUUGUUGUUUCCAUGUACAUUUUUGUUAUUCAUGUAGUUGAGAUUUUACAUUUCUGUCA